AUGGAAUUUGAUGGUGAAUUUCACAAAAGACUGUCGGAUAGAUCGAGUAGGUCGAUUAGGGAAUAUGGAACUGGGAUUCAUCAGAUUGAUCCAUUAAAAAUGACACCUCUUUACCACGUAAAAAAGGCUAAACAUGCUUUAUCUGCAUUGAAAACAGUUGCUAAUGAAUCUGACUGGCAAAAGAUGUUUGAACAUAGUAGUGGAGUUGUUGUUUACAUGAAGCAGGAUACUUCAGUUGAAAAUACUCCAAUGAUUAAAGGAGAAUUAAAUUUACAAGGAUUUACACCUGAUGAAAUUUUCCCCGUCAUUCAGUCAAGAGAAAUUUGGGAUGAUUGGUACGAAGGAGGAUGUCUCAUUGAAAGAUUGAGCGAAUCGAUAAGUUUAACUUAUACUGUCAUGAAAAAACCAUUUAAAUCCAG